AAACAACAUAUAUUAAUUAAUGCUUUACCCUUAAUGAUAAAUAAACACUCAUCCAUAUCCAGAAUCCAUCUGUUACGUAUGCUCCUAAUAUAUGUUUAUAUAUAUACUAAUAACAGUAUUAUAUCAUUAACUCUUGUUUUUAUUGCUUCUCAGUGAGUUACCAACUCACCUCCCUUUCUUUAUUUCCUCCAUUUAUUAUUUAUUUAUUUUCCUGUCAGAUAUAUUACACGAGAUUCACUGAGAUCAUGCUUUCACUCCAAUUACCAGCUCAGCCACCUCAAUCUUAAGCUGUUAUUUCUUUAAUUUUUUUAAUAGACGAAAUGAAAAAUUAUUGAAAAUUCACAUAUACGAAAUGGAGGAAUUGAAGUUCAAACCCCAGCUAUAACAUUUGAUCCGACAAUUUUGACAUUUAUGAGUCGAGCUAGAAUUUGUGGACAACUGCCAUUUUGUGGGGAAAAAAAAAACUCUUUCAUAUUCUUUCUCCAUCAUUCAAGAAAAAAUUAAAAUAAUACUACAAAUCUAGUACAAAUAAGAAUCUAGUACUAUAUCAAAUUGUUAAGGUUGUUUGUUUCCAUCAGGGUUCUUCUGUUUUUUCUUCUUCUCUCUUCCUUAGAUAUUCUUGGUUCUUGUGUUCUCAAAGGAUUCAGCAAAGUUUUCUCUGAAUAUAUCUAAACAUGUUGGAUUGUAGACAAGGUUGGUUGUUUAUAUUUAUCUAUGUUUCACCAAUUUUUCCUUUGAUGUGUUUUUCUGCAAAUUUUGUUCCUAUAGACAAUUACCUUAUAGAUUGUGGAUCACAUACAAAUACUUCAAUAGGUAACCUCAAUUUCACAUCAGAUAAUUUCUUUCACAAUUUCCUUUCAACACAAGAAGAUAUUCUUGCAAAUACUUCUUUAAAAUCAACCACUGAUUAUUCACCUCUUUAUCAAACUGCAAGAAUCUUAAAUUCACCUUCAAAGUACACAUUUCCUGUUAACAAAAAGGGUCAGCAUUGGAUUCGUCUUUAUUUCUUUCCAUUUACAUAUCAGAAUUACAAUCUUAGUGCUGCAAAUUUUGCUGUUACCACUCAAAACAAUGUUCUUCUUAGUAACUUUAGUGUGCCGAAAAAAGAUCCUGUUAUGAAGGAGUACUUAGUAAAUGUCACCUUAGAUACCCUUGUUAUUACCUUUACCCCGUCGAACAAUUCUAUAGCUUUUGUUAGUGCAAUUGAAGUUGUUUCUGUGCCCGAUGAGCUAAUUGCGGAUGAUGCUAUGGCUUUGAAUCCGCGGAGAGAGUAUUCAGGAUUAUUGACAAUGGCACUUGAGACAGUUUUUAGGGUUAACAUGGGUGGUCCAAGUGUUUCCUUAGGUGCCGACCCGCUUCAUCGAACUUGGGUUCCGGAUACAAGCUUUCUUAUACUACCUAACCUUGCUAGUAAUUUUUCAAGUAUAGGUGCUGUUAAAUAUGUAAAAGGGGGUCCAACAGAAAAUAUUGCUCCACCUAGUGUCUAUGGUACUUUAACAGAGAUGAAUUCGGAUGGUGAUCCGCGUAGUAAUUUCAAUGUGACGUGGAAGUUUGAUGUGGAACCGGAAUUUCAAUACCUUGUGCGACUUCACUUCUGUGAUAUAGUCAGUAAAAGUCUUAAUGAACUUUAUUUUAAUGUUUACAUUGAUUCCUUGUUGGCUGCCAAGGAUCUUGAUCUCAGUGGAAAGACUCGUAAUGUGUUGGCUACUCCGUUUUUUAUGGAUUUUGUUACGGAACCGUCUGUCGACAAUAAAAUUCUUGUAAGUAUUGGCCCUUCUGAUGUAAAUAAUGACUAUCCUAAUGCCAUUUUGAAUGGGCUAGAGAUAAUGAAAAUGAACAACUCUAAGAGCAGUCUCAGUGCAUCAACAGCGGUGUUUUUGAGCAGCAAUCAUGGUUCAAAUUCUAAGAAAGUUGGCCUGAUCGUCGGUGUGAGUCUUGGUAUAUUUUGUGUGGUGGUGGCAUUGGUCGGAGUUUUCUUUGUACUCCGCAGAAGAAGAAGGCGGUUGGCACAACAAGGGGAUUCAAAGACAUGGGUUCCUUUAUCGAUCAACGAUGGAACUUCUCACACAAUGGGAAGUAAAGAUUCGAAAGGCACAGUAACAAGUGCUGCUUCAAACUUUGGAUAUCGCUUCCCUUUUGUUGCAGUUCAAGAGGCCACAAAUAAUUUUGAUGAGAGUUGGGUUAUUGGUAUAGGUGGUUUCGGUAAGGUAUACAAAGGUGAAUUAAACGAUGGAACUAAAGUUGCUUGUAAGAGGGGGAACCCUCGGUCCCACCAGGGACUUGCAGAAUUCCGAACCGAAAUCGAAAUGUUGUCUCAGUUUCGCCAUCGCCAUUUGGUAUCAUUGAUUGGAUAUUGUGAUGAAAGGAACGAAAUGAUCUUGAUAUAUGAGUACAUGGAGAACGGAACUGUUAAAAGUCAUCUGUACGGUUCAGGUCUCCCCAGCUUAAGUUGGAAGCAACGGCUCGAGAUAUGCAUUGGAGCAGCUAGGGGACUUCAUUACCUUCAUACCGGCUAUGCUAAAGCAGUUAUUCACCGCGAUGUAAAGUCGGCAAAUAUCUUGCUUGACGAGAAUCUCAUGGCAAAAGUGGCCGAUUUCGGUCUAUCAAAGACUGGACCGGAAAUCGAUCAGACACACGUGAGCACAGCUGUCAAAGGGAGUUUUGGUUACCUUGAUCCCGAGUAUUUCAGAAGGCAACAGUUAACAGAAAAAUCAGACGUGUAUUCAUUUGGGGUAGUUUUGCUUGAGGUUUUAUGUGCAAGACCGGUUAUAGACCCAUCUCUUCCUAGAGAAAUGGUGAACUUGGCAGAAUGGGCGAUGAAAUGGCAGAAAAGAGGAGAACUCGCACGAAUCGUAGAUCCAACGCUUGCAGGGAAAAUCAGACCGGACUCUCUUAGGAAGUUCGCUGAGACUGCUGAAAAAUGUUUGGCUGAUUUUGGUGUUGAUAGACCUUCAAUGGGAGAUGUAUUGUGGAAUUUGGAGUAUGCUCUUCAACUGCAAGAGGCUGUUGUUCAAGGCGAUCCUGAUGAAAACAGUACUAAUAUGAUCGGUGAACUAUCUCCACAAAUAAACAAUUUUGACCAUGAAUCAGGCGUUUCUGUCGCACAAUUUGAAGCUUCGAGUCUCAAUGAUCUUUCAGGUGUUUCUAUGAGUAAAGUGUUCUCACAGUUAGUGAAAUCCGAGGGAAGAUGACUUUGAAUGUUGCAUUUAAAUUCUGCAUAUUACAUAACUUUUUAUUGUUUUGGUGGCUUGUAGUCUAAAAUGUAGUUCUGUUAUUCCUAUAGAGUUGUAAAGAAAGAUCAAGUUAAUGAUGACACAUGUUUUGCUUGAUUGUUAAUCCAGCAAUACAUUUCAUGGUGAA